AGGGACAGGACAGAGGAUAAGACAGGGGACGGGGUGUUGGUCCAUCUCCAGGACAUUGCUCGGAUUUUUUCAGAUGUUUUGUUGUUUGUCCAACACACAAGAUUCCAUGAUGGACAGUUAGAGUGAAUGUGUCUCCUGGGGGACAAACGCUGUGUUGACCUGUAUCUCAGUUCGGUUCUGUUCUGGGUUUGGACGGGUCCAGAUGUUCUGGAAGAACGUGGCCUGGUCCUGGUCUAAUGAUGAUGAUGAAGAUGGUGGUUGUCUCCUUGCAGCCGACCUCAGGAGGACUCCGGACUGGACUCCAGAGCCUGACCAGACCCAGGCCAGCACUGGACUCAAAGACGUGACCAACACGUCCCUCAGUCCCGACCCCAGCAAUAGCAACUCUAGGUUGUCCAGCCACGUGUCCAGAGACUUGAUCCAACCACUGAUGGUGAGCAUCGGUCGAGGAAGAGAUGGUUUUGGAUUCACCAUCUGCUCUGACUGUCCGGUCCGAGUCCAGGACGUGGAUCCCAGAGGUCCAGCUCACCAGUCUGGACUCCGUCAGGGGGACUCUGUCCUGCAGCUGAAUGGACUUCCUGUAGAAACCUGGAAGUGUGUCGACCUCGCCCACGCCAUCAGGGGUUGUCCGUCUCAGAUCAUCUUGGUGGUGUGGAGAGGUUCCCCUGAGCUCAGGUCAGGAUGUGACGCCUGGCUCCGCCCACCAGUACGAACCGCGAGGUCUCACCCCUCCCGAACCAAGUCUGGAGACAGGAUCCGGUCCAGUUUGGGCCAUCUGGGUUCUCUGUGGAGAAACUGGAAGAAGGACGAGGAGGAUGAGGAGGACGAGGAAGAGAAAGAAGAGGAGGAGGUGUUCUCUCCUCACACCACCACCCUCAAAGGAACCCGUGUGACAUCAUCAAAUGGAGAAAAUUACAUCAUCCUGUCAGCUGUUAGUCCCGAGGAGCAGCUGCUGCCGGUUUACCGUGAUGGGAGUGGAACCAUUGGUCGUCUAUACCAGACUGAUCCCAGUAGAGGUCAGAACAUCGUCCAUGACCCUAGAACUGGGUCACCCCACCACACCUCUACCACGUUCCCGUCAUCCCCGCCUGGUAACUACGGCAACUACCAGAACUGCACCAUCGUUCAGUCGCAUCUCCCCGGUUCUGGAUAUGGAACCCACAACACUCUGACUCCAAAGAGUCUCAUCUUCCCUGUCUUCGUCCAGCCUCUAGAUCUCUGCAGUCCAGAUAGAACCCUGUUGAUGUCUGAGGAGAUGGUUCUACACCAGGACCACCUGCUACCCACACAGGUGACGGUGUUGAUCUACAACGACCUGCUGCUUCUCACCAGAGAUGACGGAGCUGGAAGCUGCAACGUCCUCCAGAGUCCGCUGCACCUGAACGCACUCCAGCUCAGAGAUAGGUCGUCUGAGCCGCUCCACAUCUUCGUGCUGAGGUGCGUUCAGAGCCGCUGGCGCUUCGUGUUCAGUUUGGAGGCGUUCAGCAUUGAGCAGAAGGUCAGAGUCAGCCUCUGUCUCCAUGACAACAUACAACUACAGCUGGUUGCCAAGGAGACGAGACACCACAACCAGCUCUCAGACCUCCCCUCAGAUUUCAGCCUCCUCUCCCUUCGUUCAUCGGACCUCCUCUACCAUCCCUCCUCUCAUUACUCCUCCUCCACUGCUCCACCUCCCCAUUUCUCCUGUAUGCCUUCAUACUCCUUCUCCACACCUCCUUCCAGUAUUGUCACCUCCCCCCCUCAGUUCCUCACCCCACCUUCCCCUUCCUCCCCCACCCACAGGAGUCCUAUUUGGAUGGAGGAGGAAGAGGAGGAGAGGCAGCAGGGAGAGGGGGAAAGUGCCUCCGAGACAUCAGAGAUUGUACGAGGGCCCGGGGGGCGUGGUCACCUGCUUAGCCCCGCCCCCUUAAAGGCGAAGGAAGAGGAGGAGAGUGAUGACAACGAAGAGGAAGGUUUGAUGUCCACCUACAGGCCGGCAGUUCUGCGUCGCUCACUCUCUGAAGGUUCUUUACUUCAAGAACCUCGAUGGCUCCGGUUCCUGUCUGACAGCACUAUCCACCACCUGACCCGCCAGACUUCCUUAGACCGCCCUUCCUGUCCCCCCUCCCCCCAGACUCUGAAGGAACAGCUGACCAGAGCAGGGGGGUCUCUGCACCACAUGAUGCUGCUGCUCAGUGGCACCAAGGGUGGAGAGUCCAGAAACCGUCAGAGGAAAAAGAAGAAGAGGAAGAACCUAGCUGCCGACGUCCAGAGUCUCCGAUGGAAUAACAGAACCAGUAUCCAUGGCAACAGUCUGGAGAAAGCUCUGAGAAACAGCCGGCCAUCUGUGGCGGAGGUUCUGCGGUGGACAGAGAGUCUGAAGGUUCUUCUGACCAGUCAGUAUGGCCUUGUGGCGUUCCGUCACUUCCUGAGGUCAGAGUUCUGCGAGGAUAACCUAGACUUCUGGUUGGCUGUGGAGAGAUUUAAAAGAACCCGUCCAUUCAGUAAGAUGUCGUCCAGUGCUGAGAAAAUCUAUGACGAGUUUAUUUCUACCACCGCGUCCAGACAGGUCAACGUGGACUCGUCUGUUAGAGAGUUGACCAAUCAGAGCCUGCGUCGUGGUGUAAGCCCCGCCUCCUUCCAGUUAGCCCAGGAUCAGGUUUUUGGGCUGAUGGAGUCGGACAGUUACCCACGAUUCCUGAAGUCCCGCCUCUACAGUCAACUGGCCAAUCACAGACCACCGCCAGGCACAGAGUGGGCCGAUCCAGAAUGAAGAGGAGUAGGGGGGUGGAGUCUAUUAGCGGAUAGGCCUCUGAUUGGCUGGCCAUCAAAGACAGAAAGAUUUAUGGAAAACGUAGUCUCCAGCUGCUCAGACCUGUUUUCUUAUUAAAGCUUUUAUGUUUCAGUGAUUCUGACACAGACUGAAACCUAGAACCGUCAGCAUGUUAGAUUCAAGAUUUCUUUAUUGUCAAUUUCCCUGUAUGUUCACAGAAAACAGAAAGAUUUAAAAAAAUGUUUUUCUCUCUCACACAUACAGAUUCAAAAUCUAAAUGUAGAAAAAAACAAGAUUAAAACAGAUUAAAAAAAACAGACAUCCUGAGAAAAAUAUAAUAAAUAAAUAAAAUCAGCCAAUAUACAUCAGCUUCACAUAUGUUGACAUCAAACUCUUCAAGCUCCUUAUGUUUAUUGGGACUUGGCUAAUGCUAGUAUGCUAACAACAAACCACCUAGAGUGUAAAGAGCCUUUAACCAGCUGGUUUAAAACGAGGAACGUUUAACAAUGAUCACAUCUUGUUUUUAUUCAUUAGCAAACAUGUGGCUCUGAAACUGUUUCACAAUAAAAGAUCUUCCACGUACGCUUCUUCUUCUGGGUUUUAUUUGCAGCAGACUCGGUGGAACUCAAAGAUUGGUUCUACCUGAGUUCUACCUGGUUCUACGUGACCAGAAGGACUCAUGUUGGAUGGCCUUAAUUUCCAUGUUGGGAUCAUAUGUAAAUGGUCCUGGAGGCUAUGAUCUGGACUGGUUUAUGGGGUCAUGGGGUUUAUGUCAGUGCAGGAUGGAGGAUGUUCCAGUAUCAGGUAUCAGUCUUUCUGGACUCAGAUACAACUUUUUCUGUCUCCCUGUUAGGGAGGGUCAGCAGCACCUUAGCAGCAGGGCCUUAAAAAUCCAUAAUUCUGUCUGGCUCAGUUGUGAAUCACCUUCUUUAGAUGGGAGAAUCUAUAACAUCAUUUUAUGUAAUAUGGUUAACUUCUGGCAUAGAGUCACAAAAUUAGAAGGACACAAUUGUUUUUCAUUCUUUUUUUCUUUCCAAUCCAUGAUAAUCUUGACUGUCCUGCAGGCCUUUAAGCCGGCCUUGCAGACUGGUAUAAUAAAGCUAUUAAAGUGGUUGGAGAUCUGGUCCAUGAGAGCUCACUUACCACAUUCCAGCAGAUAACAAUUAAGCAUGGGCAGACCAAUGCUGAUUUCUUCACAUUCAGACAAGUAAGGAGCUUUAUUUUGUCUAAUCUGAGGGAAUUCCCCGAUGGGCUGUCAUCUCUCCUACAGAAUCCUGAUCAAAAACACUGAACUUAAAUCCUUAUCAAAAAGCUGAAUAAGAUCCUUUCCUGUCGUAGACAAGUUCAUGCGAGGCUGGUUUGGGUUCCAUUGAUGGAAUGAGCUAACUGGCCGAGCCACCCGGUUUAAGUAACUAACUCUGCCUGGGACAGACCAUUUAAAAUGUCACAUAUAUUAAGCCAGAGGCCCAACAUAGAAUAUACACAGCCUUGUCUUUAUUUUGGACUAAAUGCCAAUCAGCUACUGGUUCUUUCCUUCAUUGUUUGUGGCCUGGGUACUGGAUUCCGUCUCAUUUCCAUCAACCUAGUGACAUUUGAUAGGACUUGGAAGCUCUCAGUCCCUUGUCCCAGUGCAUUCUGGGAUAUGACCUGAAUAGUUUUCAGUUCCAGUUCGGCUCCAAUCUGACCCUCAUCUGCCCCCUGGUGGACAUGUCCAGCUGUUUCCACAAGGACAACAUUACGACAUUAAAAGGGUUCCAGUUUAGUGAAAAAUAAAACAAACAUGUCAGAUAUGUUCUAGAAAAAAAAUGAGACGUGUUUUAGUUGUGGUUCUGUUUUUUACUUCAUCAGUCAGGCCCCACAGCAUUCAUAUAUAAUUAGUGGUUUAACAUCUGGAACUCUGCCUCAUCUUUAGAUUUAAACACAUCUGUUAGACCUCUUUAUUCAGUCACAUCACACUGUGCUCCAGAUGCCACCAGGUGGCGCCAGUGACACUAGUCUGACUGUCGGCUUUAAUCCAGGCUGGUGGAAGUUUUCUUCAUUACAACAUGUUUAAAUUAGUCAGUACAAACUUAGAUGUUUAUCAGAGACACAGGAGACACCAAAACAUGUCAGUCACUCUUUUAAAGGACCAGAACUUUAAUCUGUAGUUGGACAAUGAAACCACAAC